CAACAGUGUACUGUAUCGCUGUAUCGUGCUCUUGCACUCUUGCUGCAUGCCUCGCCUCUCGGCAGCAGCUCGAAACAUCUCACAAAACGCAUGGAUUGAUCCCUUGAGAAAACGCCACACCAGCGCAACGAGUCAACGACAGCCAACACCUAAGACGACGAGGAUGCCCCAGUAACCAGUGUCUCCUUUUAUGCAAAGCAAGCCACUUGAGAUACCCAUUGUCAUACACCCAUCCCCGAAAAAGGAUAACAAAUUCUGGCCUCCUGACAAAGAAAAGACGACAACUCGCCUAUUCCUCUUGAUUCUUCGAACCUGCCCGUAACCCUUGCCAUCAGAUAGAAUACCGUCACUGAAUCCCACCUUUUUUCAUAGCCAAACAGACGGACGAGGGGAAUCUACACGCAUAAUCCUCAUCUCAUCUCACUACGAAGACGACGACGGCAAUGAGCAGCCAAAGUGGCAGCAGUCCCCGAUACAAUUUGCAGGUCCAUUCUAACCACGACGACGACGUGGACAUUCAACGACGCCUCGAAUCCGAACGCGACGGCAAAGACAAACCGGGUUACGCCCCUUAUUCAGAUUCCAGAGUUUCACGGGCACCUCCUGCCCACAUGUACCGACGUUCCAAUAGCAGUGAAAGCAGCGAAGGGGGUGGUGGUGGCGGUAGGGAUGACCCCUACAUGACUUCCAGAGGACCACCGCCAGAGCGCAGACCUCCCGCGAGAAAUUAUAGCAACGAAAAUCCCCAUGGAGAUCCGGGCAGACCGCCUUCGCGUGACUAUCCGGAUGACUAUUAUCGAGGCGGACCGCCAGACAGAGGCGGGCCGAGGGGGCCAGGAGGACCCAGAAAUUCUGGUCCUCCCGACGAUUAUCAAGACCGAGGAGGACCAAGAGGGCCACCACCGCCCAGAAAUAGUAACGACGAUUAUCCACCGGAAAGAGGGCCUGGAGGUCCUCGAAGUCCUGGUCCUCCCAAUGAUUAUCAGGAUCGAGGAGGCCCCAGAGGACCACCACCACCCCGAAAUAGUAAUGAUGAUUAUCCACCUGAGAGGGGGCCAGGAGGGCCCAGAAAUAAUGGCCCUCCAGAGGACUAUCAAGAAAGGGGAGGUCCCAGAGGUCCACCACCGCCCAGAAAUAAUGACGACGAUUACCCUGAGAGGGGGCCAGGAGGGCCCAGAAAUAAUGGCCCUCCCGAUGACUAUCAACAACGGGGAGGUCCCAGAGGUCCACCGCCACCAAGAAAUGGUAAUGACGAUUAUCCACCGGAACGAGGCGGCUACCGUCCCCAAAUGCCUGGUGCCUCAGCAUCCCCACCACCUCCUCAGGAUGGUAGAGGCGAACCCCGACGAGGACCUCCUCCGCCACAAAAUUCAGGACGAUCCUCCAUCACGUCCGAAACACUCAGCAUGACCGAGCAAGAUUUCUUGGCCAAAUAUGGCUACAGUGGCGGUGGAGGAGGAAAUCGCAACGAUCGUUCCGUAAGCGGCGGCAUGCCCGGGGCACAGUCCGUCCCGGGUGGAGGCCAAAGUGUGACGUCCCAAGAUACUGGAUUUAGUAGCAUCUCCCGACCUCAGAUGGGACGAAUGGGAGAUCCACGAGAUCGCUAUGUCGGCAGCGGCCAAUCGGUGACCAGUCACAUGACCGAAUCCGUCAUUUCCAAUCCCCGUAUGUCUCGUUUGAUGGACGAAGACGAUGAUCCCACACAUCACACCCGAGGAAGGGGAGGACCCCCAAGAGCCCGCAGUCCCGUACGGUAUUCUCCAUCCGGUCGAGAUCCUCCUCGUCGCGAUUUAUACGAACGGGUUCAAAAUUAUAGUCGAGAUAACAAUCCUGGAGGCGGUGGCCGAAGUGUGGGUGGUGGCUAUCCCGGUGAACGAGGUAAUUUUCCGGCCCGACCCAAUUCGAGAGGACCCCCUCCCAGCAGUUAUUACGACGACGGCCCGCCUCAGUAUCAAGAGGAUCCUCGAGGACCGCCACGAGGAAUGGACGACCCAACACCUCGACGUAACAUGCUACAGCGAGUGCCAUCGCAAUCCACGAUUUCCACCAGUGGAUUUCGCAGUUUCUACUCGGACGCGUACACGAUGCGAGGAGAUCAGAGUACUAUUCAAUCCGAUUAUCGACAUCAUUACGAUGGACCGCCACCGCCGCCGCCCCGAGAUGACUACGGACAUUCGUCCCCGCCCAUGUACGGUGGAGCCAGCGUUGGCGGUCGCAGCAUGAGAUCGUAUGGAGGCAGCACGUGGGAUACUCGCGGCAGUAUCGGGAGUCGUAGUGCCGGUGGUGGUGGUGGCGGGUACUACGCUCCUCCUCCGCGGCGUGGACCUCCGCCCCCACCGCCUCGAGAUUAUUCCCCCCGUCGUGGCCCACCAAGGGGGCCGCCGCCACCACAGCAUUCACAACAACCCGAUCGACCAUUGCUGGAGGUUGCACCCGGUUUGUUGAUGCACCUCAUGGGAACCGAUGAAACCAUGAAAGCCAUUCAACGAGGGCAGAUCACCGUCACGAGUUGUGUCGUUUGUGGAAUGGAUGUACACUGCCAUUCGGCGAGUGAGUACGUGCUAUGUCCUGAUUGUCGAGUCGUCUCGCCCGUCAACCAAUUGGACAAUGCUGUGGACAUGACUCCGCAGCAAGGAGGACUCGUCGGGUUGGGUGUUAAGACAGAAAUGCUCAUUACAAUGAUGGAAGCGGGGGCUGGGCAAUAUUAAAAAGAAGACAGGAAACAGACAAGCGGUUUACAGAAAGAAGGAACAAAUAAAAGUGUUUCGUGCGAAAGACAGCAGUGAGUCACAAUUUGAGAGCUAGCAAAUGGUAUCUGUAUGGCGAAAAGAAUAUUGCGAAAAGCAGUGAAAAACAUCGAAGAUAGACCCAAUGUGAACUUACGAACAGUACAGUUAAUUAAUAAAGAGUGAACAAAAUUCAUAAGC